AUGACUGCCUUUGAAAUCACCAUCAUCUCCGACACAGUCUGCCCCUUUUGCUACCUCGGCCGGGCGCGCCUCGACCGCGCCAUCGCCCUGUACCGCAAGACGGUCCCCGGCGGAUCCCUCCCGUCGACGACCUUUACGAUCCGCUGGCACGCGUACCGCCUGGGCGACGCGGCGGGGCCGUCGGUGCCCGUGCGGGACGUCGCGGCGGCUCGCUUCGGCGCGGACCGGCUGCCGGCCAAGCACGCGCGCAUGGCGCAGCUGGGCGCCGAGGAGGGCUUCGCCUUUACGUUCGCUGGGCGCAUCGGCCCGACGCGGGACUCGCACCGCGUGGUGCAGCUGGGCGCGCGGCAGGGCCCGGCGGUGGCGGACCGGGUGAUGCGCGAGGUGAUGCGCAUGUUCUUCGAGGAGGGCGGCGACAUUUGCAGCUGGGAGGACCUGGCGACGGCGGCGGAGCGGGCAGGGUUGGACCGCGCCGAGGCGAUGCGGUGGCUGGAGGACGGGCAGGGAGGCGACGAGGUCGACCGCGAGGUGGAGGAGGCGGCGAGGAUGGGCGUCAAGGGCGUGCCCAAGUUUGUCAUCAACGGCAAGCACGAGGUCGACGGGGCCGGGGACGUGUCUGCGAUGCUGGAGCAGCUCGUGGCGGCCAGGGACGAGGAGGAUGCCGGCAAGGCGGUGGUGUCGGACGCGGUGUGUGAAGCCGGAGCCUGUACUCUGUAA